AUGGAAUGGUCUGCAACAUGGGCUACAAGGGCUUACCUCGAUGCCCUUCAUCUGUGUAACAAUCAUGAAAGACAAUAUGGCUCUUGGAGAGUGCAAGAACCAGGAAGCAAUGAAUUUGUAUCAGCAUUAGCAGCAGGAAUGAAAGCAAAACUUAUAGUAGAAGUCACAUCUGGAGCUUCUCCAUCAACAAUAGCCCUCGCAGCUGCUGCAAGACAAACUGGUGGCAGGUUGGUGUGUAUUCUACCGGAACCAGACCUUGAUGAGUCCAAAGAAGUGAUUAGGAACUCAGGUCUUAAAGACCAAGUAGAAUUUAGAACUGAAGACCCAUACAAGCUAUUGCCCUGCUAUGAAAAUAUUGAUUUCUCCUUGGUUGAUUGCAAAGAUGAAAAGUAUGCAAGGCUUCUCAACUUGCUAGAUGUCAAUCCUACGAGAUCUGUAGUGGUGGCAAACAAUUUGGCUGAUCAUGCAAAAGGGUUGGGGGGCUAUGUAAGAAGAAAGGAUGAUAAAGUGGCUGUAAGAUCUCUGAAGCAUCCUAUAGGGAAAGGUAUGGAAGUUACUAUGAUUUGCAAGAAUGAUGAAACUGAUAAGAGACUUGGUGUUAGAGGACAUCGUUGUAGAAAAAGGAACAAGAGUAAGUGGGUUGCCAAGUUUGAUGAGGAGAGUGGUGAGGAACAUAUAUACAGGGUUCCCCAGGUUGACUUGUUCUGGAAUUAA